AUGAACUCGCGACCGGUCUGUCGGAACAAGAAGACGUACAUAAGGCUUCUUAUCGGGGCGACUCCAGAGUCAACUGCACAAACGACUGGUCAAGGGCAUAUCAACCAGCUACCAGCUGCAGCUACGACCGAGGAGCGGCCACCAACGGCCAAGGGGAUUUGA